AUGCCUGCCAAAAUCUUCCUUACGGGAGCCACAGGCUACAUCGGCGGCGACGCCCUCUACCAGUUGUACCAGAAGCACUCAGACUUUGAGUAUGCACUGCUUAUUCGGACUGAAGAAAAGGCAAAGAAGGUGCAAGAGAGGUUUCCUAAAGCCAGAAUUGUCAUCGGGGGACUUGAUGAUUCCGAGAUUCUGGAGCGCGAGGCAGCAUGGGCUGACAUCGUAAUCCACACUGCCGAUUCGUCGGAUCACUCAGGCGCGGCGGAGGCUAUCGCAAAAGGCCUUGUGUCUGGCCACUCGCCAUCCAGGCCAGGGUUCUGGCUGCACACGGGCGGCACGGGUAUCCUCACCUAUUUCGACUCUGAAGUCAAGAAGACGUAUGGAGAGCACGACGACAAGGUCUUCGACGACUAUGAUGGUGUCGAUGAGAUCGUCAACCUGCCAGCUGUCGCUUUCCAUCGCAAUGUGGACGAGAUCGUCCUCAACACCGGCAUCAGACACGCCGACUCCGUCAAGACUGCCAUUGUCUGCCCGCCCACUAUUUACGGCGAGGGGCGGGGCCCAGUGUCGGGGCGUGGUCGUCAAGUGUACGAGCUGGCUACUUUCGUCCUCAAAGAGGGAUAUAGCCCCCGUAUCGGCAAGGGACUUGCGCGAUGGAACAACGUCCACGUUCACGACCUAAGCGUAGUGUUCGAGUUGCUGGUCGAGGCCGCGCUCGACCCAUCUCGCAAGGAUGACAAGGAGAUCUGGGGAGCACAUGGUUAUUUCUUCACUGAGAAUGGCGAGCACGUCUGGGGUGAUUUGGCAACGCUGGUUGGAAAGGAAGCCCACAAGCAGGGUUUCAUCAAGGGAGGAGAGCCGGAGGUGCGGGGUCUGUCUUACGACGAGGCAGUCAAGUCGUCUGCUGGAUUUGAGGCAGCGAGCUGGGGCCUGAACUCCCGAGCUGCUGCCAUCCGAGCCAAGAAGGUUCUUGGAUGGAAGCCACAGGAAAAGAGUCUCCAAGAUGAAGUGCCUACUAUUGUCAAGUCCGAGGCGACUAGGCUGAAGCUCUAG